AUGCAUGCAGAGACAGGUGAGAUGGAAGGUUUCGAGUUCUUCCAGAUCGUACUUGACAACUCCUCGAGCAGGCUGAGGCUGCCUGACAAGUUUACCAUGGUGCUACUAGACGGCGGCAAGCCCCAGGAAGUGAAGCUGCGGGAGGCCGGCCAUGGGCGUCGCUUCUGGGACGUGAAGGUGGUGUUGGACGCCGACGGCCACAUGUACCUAGAGCGCGGCUGGGAGCAGUUCGCCCGUGCGCACGACCUGCGGCUCGGGUACUUCCUCGUGUUCAGCUACGACGGCGACGCCGUGCUCACCGUCAAGGUGUUCGACGUGAGCAUGUGCCGCAGGCACUACAAGCACGACGGUGACACCAGCAGUGAGAGCAGCAGCGACGGUGACAGUGGGAGCAGCAACACCAGCGACGGCGGCAGUGGUGGCAACAACAGGAGCCUGGUGGAGAUGGACGUCGAGGAUGGGCCGACGGGGCAGUUCAGCGCCAUGCUGAGGAAAUGCAACCUAGGCAUGAAGCAGGAACAGUACCUGAACGUGCCGGUGGAUUUCCAGCUCGCGCACGGGUACGCCGAGAGGAGCAAGGUGGAGCUGCGGAUGCGCGGCAAGUCGUGGCUCGUGCACCUGAAGCACAACCCCAAGACGGGUGGCAGGUCCCGCGCGUCGUUUAGGUACGGGUGGCACCAGUUCUGCGUCGACAACGCCCUCGGCGAGGGCGACACCUGCUUCUUCCGAGCGCUCCGGCAAGGCAGCGCCGGCGACGGCGGCGAGGACCACCUACUCAAGGUGGAGGUGAGGAGGCGAGACGGCAGCUUCCUGGUCUGA